CAGAGCACAAUCCGGCUCAUCGAGCUUAGUUAAGCUUGAACGUCGCGCCGAUUGAGAUCACAUACGAACAUUGCAGCCGGUACGAUAAGCUUCAAUUCAGUUUUUUUUUUUCAUUCAUUCAUCUUCGACGUAGAAAACCAGUAUCGGAAAUAGGCUUAUCAGCAAUUCUAACUAAAGAAAGUUUAUCUAGCGAAGAUGUCCUUCCUCGAGUGGCUUGUGACCACCCUGCUGAUUAUUCUGGGACUCAACUAUUGGAUGGUACGGAGAAACCUCAAAUAUGGACAUCAAUGGCCGGGACCAACACCCUACCCAAUCAUCGGAUGCUAUUACCUGUACUAUAAAAUGAAACCUGAAGAUACGAUCAACUUCAUCACAAUGCUCACCAAAAAGUACGGCAAGAUGCUGUGCGUCUGGAUCGGCUCCCGGUUGGCCCUGUUCUGUACCGAUAUUCAGGAAACGGAAAUCGUUCUCAGCAGCCAGAAGUUGAUACGCAAAAGCGAGCUGUACAAGUUUUUGGUGCCCUGGUUGGGUGAUGGGUUGCUGCUGAGUACCGGUCAGAAGUGGUACCAGAAGCGGAAGAUCAUAACGCCGGCGUUUCAUUUCAAAAUUUUAGAACAAUUCGUCGAAGUUUUCGACAAACAGAGUUCCAUUUUGGCUCAACGGUUAAAGGGCGAAGCCAAUGGUAAGCUGGUCAAUAUCUAUCCCUAUGUGACACUGGCAGCUUUGGAUAUUAUUUGUGAAACUGCCAUGGGUACCCAGAUCAACGCUCAAACGGACACAGAAUCGCCAUACGUUAAAGCAGUCACGGAGCUGAGCUACCUUUUGGCCAAUCGUUUCGUAAAAGUAUGGCAAAGGUCAGAUUUCCUGUUCAAUCUGAGUCCCGAUAGAAAACGACAGGAAAAACAGAUAAAAGUUCUUCACGACUUCACAACCAAAAUUAUUCAUGCCAGACGUCAAGAACUAGCUGAAAGUGGAGAAAAAGUCAUUGAAGGUGAUGAUGGUGUCGGAAUGAAAAAGAAGAUGGCGUUCCUAGACGUACUUCUGCAGGCCACCGUUGAUGGACAGCCCUUGACGGAUAAGGAAAUUCAGGAGGAAGUUGAUACGUUCAUGUUCGAGGGUCACGACACCACUACUAUUGCGAUCGCAUUCACUUUGCUACUAUUGGCUAGAAAUCCAGAGGUUCAAGAAAAAGCUUACAACGAAGUGAUCAAUAUUCUCGGAAGCAAUCUUGAAACUCCUGUGUCCUACCGUGAUCUUCAGGACAUGAAAUAUCUAGAAAUGGUUAUCAAGGAAUCUCUUCGAUUGUACCCUCCAGUACCGAUAAUUGGACGAAGGUUCAACGAACCUACUCUUCUAGGAGACAAAACGGUUCCAGAGGAUUCCAAUUUUAACCUUGGGAUCAUGUUGAUGCACCGUGAUCCAACUCUCUUCGAAGAUCCUCUACGUUUCGAUCCAGAACGGUUCAAUCCGGAACGAACGAUGGAACAAUCUUCACCAUACGCGUACAUUCCGUUCAGUGCUGGACCCAGAAAUUGCAUAGGUCAAAAAUUUGCCACGCUUGAGCUGAAGAGUACCAUUUCCAAGGUGCUGAGGCACUUCCGGCUUACCGAGGCCGGGCCAGAGCCGAAGCUUGUGAUGCAGCUUACCCUUAAACCGGCCGGUGGAGUCAGUUUGGCGUUUGUGCCACGUACUGCGAAAUAGUUUUCCAAAUAUACAUUGCGAAAAGAUCAAUCCCGUUGUGAUAAUGUGUUGAAUAAAAAAUUGGUAUAAGUUAUUCUUUCGUUA